UUCAGUAUCAAAAGUACACAGAUCAAUCAACAAUAUGCAAUUCUUCAAAGCUGCUGCCGUGCUCUUGGCCUUCUUGGCUGCCUUCGCUAGCGCUGAGCCCGUGCCAAAACCUGGCACUGUGCUGGUUCAGACCGACAACGUGCAGUACAUUAGAACUGGUUAGACUUAAGCACAGAUGAGCAAACGGACGAAUGUUUACAAAAAUGAUUAAAUGGUUGACAAAUAAAUAAUAAAACUAUGCAAAAAAAUA